GGAGCUCCACUCACUCGGAUUAUUCUUUGGUGACUCCGAGUGACUGGGGCCUCGACUACAACACUAUUUGAAAGAAAUAUUUUCUCUUCUUACAGCUGACACCCAAGCCAUUGAUACCUCUGUGGCUCCCUUCAUUUUGACGCCAGGCAGGAAAGCUGUGAAAAGUUACCCCCUUGUCUAUUUGUUUUUAUCAUUAUGGUCAUGUGAAGUGCUGCUGCACUUUGUAACAUAACAUGGUCUUACCAUAAUUACGUAUAAAGCGAAAAAAAGAAUAAUAACGGAAAAGACAGCGACAAGCAUCUAAUGCUGGCAAGUAUGAAGGAUACGCUGGCUACAGCAAAACAAAACACGUAGCCUCCAACAUGGCGACUUUCACCGAAUGUACUCUGGUGUGACGUCACGACCCCAAAUCUAGUUGAAUCUGUUCGAGUACAUUUGUUUGGAGUCAGCAGGUUGGAAGGGGCGGAGUUACACUAAACUUUUAAAGAGUAACCUUUGUGCAUCUGGCUAAAAGUACAACAGCUAAUCCUUAAUUAUCUUCUUUCUGUAAUAUAGCGUACUGCAGCAGGUGACUGAGGUGAAUCCUGCUCAGUGAUUGGUCCACACAGCCAGGUGGUGAUGUCAUCAGUUACAGUGGAGUGUGUGGUGAAAUCGAGUGCUCUGAUUGGUGAAGGGCCAGUGUGGGAAGAGUCAGAGCAGACACUGCUGUUUGUUGACAUCGCUGGACGGAAGAUCCACCGCUGGAGUCCAGUGACAAAUGAGAUUCAGUCUGUAGAGACAGGUGAUAUGGUGGGCUUUGUAGUUCCUCGCAGGUCAGGUGGUUAUGUUGCAGGUGUGGGUCGCAGCAUCGUGGCCAUUGAUUGGUCCACUCAGAUGAUGACAUCCCUGGUGGAGGUUGACGAGGACAAACCGAACAACCGACUGAAUGAUGGAAAGGCUGAUCCGACUGGGCGGCUGCUAGCAGGUACAAUGGGGAUAGAGCAGCAUCCUGCAGAGGUUGAGAAACAACAAGGAUCUCUGUUUUCUGUGAGCUCUGACCUUGCUGUGACAAAACAACUGAGCAAGGUGGACAUAUCUAAUGGGUUGGACUGGUCUUUGGAUCAGAAGACCUUUUUUUACAUAGACACUUUGCGUCUGACAGUCGAUGCCUUUGAUUAUGACUCAAACACUGGACAUCUUGGUAACCGUCGUGUUGUGUACCAUAUGGAGGAGGGGGAGGGGCUUCCUGAUGGCAUGACUGUUGAUGCUGAUGGUCGACUGUGGGUGGCUUGUUAUAACGGAGGACGAGUCAUCAAUAUUGACCCCAUUACUGGUGUGCGGCUGCAGACGGUCUUUCUGCCAGUAAAGAAUACCACUUCUUGUUGUUUUGGUGGGCCAGAUUACUCUGAUCUCUAUGUGACCUCGGCCACUCUGGGCCUCAAGCAAUCAGAGAGCACACAGGAGCCGUUGGACGGACACACUUUCAGGGUGAGAGGACUCGGGGUCAAAGGCCAUCCAUCGAACUCCUUCUCUGGGUAAUCUUCAGGAGAAUUAAACAGCCUAUCACAGCACAGAUC